GGGGUGGGGGAGAAAUUGUCUCGAAUAACCUAUUAUCUCUCAGAAUUAAAUGGUCUGAGCUAAGAACAAAUAGGGGUUUCAUAUAGGCAUAUCAACUAGUUGGAAUUAACUUAGUUGAUAGAAAGCUUGCAUGAGGUCAGGAGUUCCCUCGGAGUAUUUUUAAUCUCAUUAGCAACUAGGAAUAAGUGCGAGAUUUUAGAGAAACUCUAAUUUUAGAAUUUAGAGAACCCCUAAUUUGUCUUAUUCACCAAUAUUAGAAUGAAAUAAGUCCGAGUAAAGCAAAAUGAAUAUUAGAGGAUUCAAAUAUAUAGCGCAUUCCAACUAAUUUGGGCUUGAGGCAUAGUUAAUUGAUCGAGUUGCCUGUUUUUGUUUAGAUUAAGUUGGUUGGGAUUAUAAAGCUUCAAUAUUGACUCUAAGUCUGGACUUCUUACAGCUCUGCAUUCAGUUUUUCUGGUUGGGGUACUUAGAUAAAGGCUGACGCUUUAGGUUAUAGCGGAUGUCUAGUGCUAAAUUAGCUUGACGCGAUCAAUUCUAAUCAGAGCAAAAGAAAAAGAUGAAGAUAGGAGGUUAGUCUUACUCUUUGACUGUUAGGAGGUUAGUCCUUUAUAGACAGGGUUUAAUUAGCAAGUGGGUUCUUCUUGCAUUUGGAAAUUUACUCAUCUCUUAUCCGUACGUGACGGCGCUACACAGCUGUUUAACAUUGUCCAACUCAGUGCUACUUUAGUUUGGUACUGUCUCACUUAAGUCAUAUUCUUUUUUUGGAUUGAAACCAAAGGCAUACGAGCCUUUUUCUGCCAACACAAGCUAUGCUCACGUUUUGUGCUAAAUUACUUGAUUUUUUUGCCAGUAAUCUCGACUCUCAUUACUUUGUUCUUGCAUGGUUGAAUCCUUACUAUACACGCGAGAGAAUGAAAACCUUGAUGUCAACCUAAUGGCUUUCGUUCUGAAUUCAUGGCAGAAAUCAUAAAUCUUCUUGUUUGACUCAUCAAUGAAAUAAUCCUGUUGGGAUUUCUAAUGUGGAUAGAUGUGAAAAAUGCAUAAUACUUCCUUGUGUAGGAGCUGUAAUGAUGCAAUUCAACUUUAUUUAAUUCAACAUUGCUACAACAUAAGAUUGUGACUGUGAUGAGUUUCUUUUUUUUUUUUGAUUUUGCACCGGGUGUCCGAGUCUCUUUGAGCCCCGACUAAUCCCGGGGGUGCAUAGGCCCUCGGCAAGGAGUUUCCCGCAAGUGCACCACGGUUAAUUCAGGUUUUACCCAGUCCGAUGGCCCUCAGAAAUUGUUUGCACCCAGUGGGUUUCGAACUUGAGACCUUGAAAGGGAGCAAACCCCAAGGCUCAAGUCAAUUGCCACAGGCCAACCCCUGAGGGUUGACUGUGAUGAGUUUCUUUGGUUGGCAAGGUUGCAAUAGUAGUGUUAAAUUACAUAGAAUUACUAUGGUCACAAAAACGAUUCCAGAUGUACCAUGUGUUCUACUUGGCAGUGCCAGUGUCCUGCAUCAUCGAGCGCUUGGUUGAUCUGGCCGCAGGUGACUAAGAAAUUAAAAAGACACUAUUUGAGGUGAAUAUAGCAGUGUGCGGUAUUCCUGCACAAAGUUCAAAUGGAAGCACGUCCUGUCGCUGUUCAAAGUGUGGUUGCAAGUCAACUCAGUAAUUGUGGUGCAUCAGGGGUACUUUCUUCUUCUUCUUUCCCUAUGCUUCCAACAGUCCUAGGAGAGAAGUAUCCUUUGUUGCCAGACUCGCAGCAGGCUUCGACGGAGAAGGAACUCAAGCAACAUCCUGGAACUUUUGUUUCUCAUUUGCCUUCCAACAGUGGGGCUGUUGGUCUUAUGUUUUCAUCAUCAUCAGGAUUCUCGGCGGAUCUUCAUUUCUCAUCCGUUCGACCCCAAGAAAAUCACUCAGGACCUGCACCUUUCAUUUCUCAGUCAAUAAAUAGUGAGACAUCAAUCCUAUUACCUCAUUCUGGAGUUCUUCAAUCCACAGCAUCUAGCCAAUAUUUGAAUGAAAACAAUGAACCCUGGUGUAUAGAUCCAUUGCCUGAUUUCCUUGACUAUUCGAUGAAUACUCCUGUCCAAAAUAGUCAGCUAGCUUGUAGCAAUAAACAAAGUGAUUGGCAGGAAUGGGCGGACCUCGUAAUCAAUGAGGAAGAUGCUCUGACUUCUAAUUGGAACGAGAUCAUGGCUGAUACAAGCCUUGCCGAGACAGAGGUGAAGAUGCAAUAUCAGGAGGAAAAACAACCUUCAAAUUUCCCAAUGCAGCAAGUCCAAACAUCACAGCAAAUCCCAGCUGUGGCUGUAGAAAAUUCAGCUAUUGCUCCUGCAUCAUCCCCUGCAAGUGGUGCUGCAACAAAGCAACGCAUGCGUUGGACACCAGAACUUCAUGAAGCCUUUGUGGAAGCAGUCAACAAGCUUGGUGGAAGUGAAAGAGCUACUCCCAAAGGUGUGCUAAAAUUGAUGAAAGUUGAAGGUUUGACCAUCUAUCAUGUAAAAAGUCACUUGCAGAAAUAUCGAACAGCUAGAUAUAAACCAGAAGCAUCAGAGGAGUCUUCAGAGAAGAAACAUUCUUCAAUUGAUGAUUUGUCAUCUCUGGACUUAAAAACGUAAGUUGCCAAGUUCCUGUCCAGAGCUCUAUUAAUCAGCUAUUUACAUCCUUUGAAAUAUUGUUUGAUAGGUAAAUGCAUCCUUUGAAUGCAUAUCAUUCUAUGUCACUUUGUUAUUCUAUGCAAAAGAAAAGCCUUCAACGAUAUAUCUUUUAUGAAGUAUUAAUUUAUUCAUAUAAUGAGAAUCCUGAUAUACAAGAUGUGGAGAGUGGUAGAGGCUCUUGCAAAAGAAUAUUAUUCUCUACGAGGGACUACUAUCAUAUGUGCUUUAAAAAUAUACUAAAAACAAAAACAUUGUACUAACUUUUACAUGGUUAUUCUCUACUUUUUCGAACACUUUUCUUCUCUUUCCAUAUUGUUUACAUAAGCAAAGGAGCUACUUUUAGGGGUACUUCAAUACAAUAAGUUUCUUGGAUAAACUAGUGAUGUCACUGUCUUCUUCGAUGAGUCGACUGUUUGUCAUGGAAAAUGGUUCCUCUUGGGCUUGGCCUUGUGAUUAAUGCAUUAGACCGAAGGUGUCUGUUUUUUGGACUUGGGAUGUCUGGUUGGUGCUUGAAAUCUCAGGGUCUGGAUCUGCAGUUUGGGGUAUUGGUUCAGAUCUGGAUUUUGGGGUUUUAAUCUUUUCUACAUUGUGGGUUUGGUUUAAUAUGUGUUAGGUUGGGCAUAGGCUCGUAGGUUUGGUUGUUAUUAGAGGGACGCACGUUGUGUCCUUUUCGUUGGCAUUGGACUGAGUUAUUUAACAAUCCUUGGACCAAAACAAAUGAUCACAUCAAUAUCAAGUACAUACUUGAUUUAUCCACCUUUUGGGAGUAUCUUUUACCUAGUCAAUUUGGAUUGCUUGUUUGUCCUCUAAUUUACGAAAGAAGUGACUGACUAUUACCAGCAUCAUUUGAAAUCACAGGGCAGUUUUAAGAAACAAUUGCUGCUGGAUUAUUUAGAAGUUA